AGCUCGUUGUUUUUGUUCACUGAAUUUCCUUGAAGCUUUUGUCACGAGGCCAUGUUGGCAAGAUUUGUGAUCGCUGUGUUUGCCACCUUGCUGGUCGUAGCGGCCUCAAACCGUGACGAUGUGGCGGCAAUGCUACAACAGUCUCGCAAAGACAUGGAACCAAGUCAGCUUCAAAUGACUCAAGCCGAUUCCUGGGAGAACAUGGCAUUGGGGCGGCUGAUGCUCAAAGUGAAGGAGGAGUGCCUUUCAUCCACUCAGCUGUGCUUGCCCGCUUUGAUUGAAGCCCGGCAUGGAGUCUGGCCCUAUGUGCAAGCUGAGCUCGGCAAGGAGCUCAAACCGUAUGAGCCUCGCUCUUUCACUGCGGACUUCGCCAGCACCAGGCUGAAGGAUGAGGUAUGCCACGGGAAGACCUUUUUUCUGCUGCAUGUUUGGAAAGCAGUCGGCUGGGGAGCCAUGCAGAACCUCGGAAAGUUGGCGGGCACCUACCAGCGACAUAAUCUAGAGGCCUGGCACAACGACCUUCUGGCAGAAGACUGCCAGAACGUGUCCCAUCCCUCGACCUUCACCUUUGUGCGCAAUCCGCUCGCACGCUUCAUCUCAGGAUAUGCCCAGCUAGAGCACUACCAUCAGGAGGCCAUGGAGCAUCGAAAGAACUUCCCACCCAAUCCCGUUCUGAAUCACUUGACUGGCAAGCCUGGAAGCGUUGGGCGGGCGAAGCAGUUCCUGGACCGUUUCUUCGUGGAUGGCGUGCUGCGCGAUGGCCACGUCAGGCCUCAGUCAGAAUUCUUUGUGAAGCCUUAUGGCAGCAAGUGUUUUCUUGCUGUGGACUUCGUGGGCAAGACGGAGAAUGUGGUUGAAGACUGGAAACGGUUCCUGGAAUCACAGCAGUGCCAUGUCAUCACCCAGUUUAACCUCACUAAAGGGCGGCAUGAAAACAGCAUUGGCACCAAGCAGGCCCUCGCUGAUGCAGCUGAGAUUGGAGGGGCUUCCUCUUUCGUGGAGUUGCAAUCAGCAGCGAAGGAGUCCAUGGAAGCCCAACUCUUCCAGGGGGCCUAUCUACGUGCUUUGUGCUGGCUGUAUUUGGUGGAUUAUGUAAUGUUCAGCUAUGAUCUUCCGCGUGGUUGCGAUCAUCCGCACAUGCUGCACAUCGCCCACCUGGCCAACAUCUCCGUGAGUGAUUCAUAGGCGACUGCUGGACUUCACUUGGCGGUGGCAUUCGCGACUGGAAACCCGUACUGCUGAGAAGACUUGUAAAAAAGAGUCCGGGAUUGGCUGCUGGAGCAUGUCCC